AUGUGGGGAAGGGCUCAUGGCGGGAGGCGACGGACGGACGGACAGGCGGACGGACAGCAGGGGGCGGUGGCGGCAGCAGCUGACGGAAAGGAGGGCGUAUGGACGGACGGACAGGCGGACGGACAGCAGGGGGCGGUGGCGGCAGCAGCUGACGGAAAGGAGGGCGUAUGGACGGACGGACAGGCGGACGGACAGCAGGGGGCGGUGGCGGCAGCAGCUGACGGAAAGGAGGGCGUAUGGACGGACGGACAGGCGGACGGACAGCAGGGGGCGGUGGCGGCAGCAGCUGACGGAAAGGAGGGCGUAUGGACGGACGGACAGGCGGACGGACAGCAGGGGGCGGUGGCGGCAGCAGCUGACGGAAAGGAGGGCGUAUGGACGGACGGACAGGCGGACGGACAGCAGGGGGCGGUGGCGGCAGCAGCUGACGGAAAGGAGGGCGUAUGGACGGACGGACAGGCGGACGGACAGCAGGGGGCGGUGGCGGCAGCAGCUGACGGAAAGGAGGGCGUAUGGACGGACGGACAGGCGGACGGACAGCAGGGGGCGGUGGCGGCAGCAGCUGACGGAAAGGAGGGCGUAUGGACGGACGGACAGGCGGACGGACAGCAGGGGGCGGUGGCGGCAGCAGCUGACGGAAAGGAGGGCGUAUGGACGGACGGACAGGCGGACGGACAGCAGGGGGCGGUGGCGGCAGCAGCUGACGGAAAGGAGGGCGUAUGGACGGACGGACAGGCGGACGGACAGCAGGGGGCGGUGGCGGCAGCAGCUGACAGAAAGGAGGGCGUAUGGACGGACGGACAGACGGGCGGAUAG